AUGCAACCCAUCAACAAGUCUGAGACUGUGCCUGCUGACAGACAUUUUGUCCUCGCUGCCUCCAGGAACUCCAACGGGACUGUUACAGUCAGCAACAGCUUCUACCUGGACCCAGUCCGAGCGAUGCAAGGACACACACUCUCCUGCCUGGUCAACCAUUCCACAUUUACCAGGCCCAUUCUCUUGGACUACACUCUCAAUAUUUACUAUGUGCCUGAGGUUUCCGUCAAGAAAUCCUCAGAGAACUGGCACGUGGGGAUGGAUAACGCAGAGCUCAUCUGUCAAGAGAAUGGAAAUCCUCCAGCUAAUGGUUUUGUAUGGAAAAGGUUGGAACGCCCAUUACCCAAUAACAGUGUCACCGAGGGGAACAAACUCCUGUUUCGAAGCUCACUUUCGGCAGAAGAUUCAGGGACUUACAUUUGUGAAGUGACUAAUAAGAUUGGCAGUCGGACCGGACAGAUUGAUGUUAAAGUAAUCGAUACCAAUGUGCCCAGUGUGAAUAUGUUGUCCAUGGCGUUUGUAGCCAUUGGAGCUGUUGGUCUGUUACUGCUGCUCAUUCUGGUCAUUUCCAUCGUCGCUGUGAAUCGCUACCACAAGAACAAGACGGAGCAAAUGGUGUUCAAGCUGGAAGAGAUCUCAACAAUGUCUCGCCAACCCUCCAUCCGUCGCUGUAACUCCAUGUCAGCCUCCGUGGAUGCCAGAAUUCAAGAUGGAGGGGGCAGUCAGGAGAAUGUGCUGGAACAGGAGCCAAUGCUACAAGAGGCCCUGGCGAUGGUGACACAGCAGCAGCUCAGGAACAGUUCACGGGAUCUACCCCCAGUCAAUGGAGAGGGAACACUCCCUCUCUCCGCCUUCGGCAACCAUCGCUACAGUCUGAGGUCGACAACUAGCGAGACGGCCCACGUUCCACCGGCGUACCAGUUCGGGGCCUUCCGCCACAGCAUGAACAGUGGCCUGAGGUACAACGGCAGAGAGAGGGUGCUCGGGCCUGGUUCAAGGACUCUUCCUCCACCAAUUCCCCUGAGCAACCACAGGGACAGCACCGGUGAAAUGACAGUGACUCCAGAACAGGUGGAGAUAUUGACCAGCAGGAACCUGACCCCCUCUCCCUCAGUGCCAGACUCUCAGACGGAGGAUGAGGAUGAGGUGACAGACAGGCAGCAAUCUAUCCACGCAGCGAUGGGUCAUUUUUAUUCACACAACGGCACCCUGAGAGCCAAACCCACUGGAAAUGGAAUCUACAUCGCCAGAAGGGAACACUGCGUCUGAAUUCCCUAGAGACUUUCCAUUCAAAACAGGAGUGAUUCACUUGCAUUUACACGCUGUGUGUUACUGUUUCUCUGCAGGAGGUGACACUGAGACACACACAGACUGUACAGUAACA